AUUUGACUCACAUUAUCGUCCGGUCAAUGAGCGACCCAGGACAACUCCAUCGGCAGUCAAGGAUCGGGGACUCCACGGUAUAAUGACUGAAACUCUCCCACUCUAUAUACAGCUAUAUGUAACAACAUGACAUGUUGGAAACCUGUCCCGGGGACGACAAAUGGCUGCCCAUUUCUAAAGAACUCCAUGAGUGCUGGACACAUGCAAACUCUGUGUAGCCUGAGAUUAUUGUCUUCAAAUCAGCAUUAUAUUCGCGAGCACAGGCUAUUACAUUUCGCCGCAUCUUCUUUCCAUGGCUUGCCCAUUCUAUUGAGCGGUUACUCACUCAGAGCGAAUCAAUGAAUGAAGACGCCUAGUACUAUAGAGACGACCGUCGUCCAGAUCCUGAGACUUGGAAGGCAUUCCAGCAUAUUCAAGUCUUGCAGAUUCCUCUUUCAUAUCCUUGAUCGAGUAUAGGGAGACCCGGACCGAUUAAUGUUUUUGUUUUGUGGAGGGCUUCAAUCUCACGAAGACAACAAGGUAGACUAAGGUAAGCCUAUGAAUUUUAACGACACCAGCCUUAGCUGACUCAAGACCUACUUUUUUUCGAUCAUGCAUAGAGGGGCCGUCGAGCAUGACGAUUGGGUGAAGGACUGUUUCCGAGCUGCGACUGACUGGCUGAAAUCGACCCAGAACCCAGACGGUGGCUGGGGGGAAACGGGGAUGUCUGAUACGGAUCCCCGGUUGGCAGGCCGUGGUCCCUCGACAGCUUCCCGGACGGGGUGGGCGCUGAUGGGGCUCCUCGCCCAUCUCACAGCCGAUAACGAGUCGGUUCGACUGGGAGUGGUAUACCUAUUGCGAACACAGACCCUGUCUGAUCGCAACGAUGAAGCGUCUUGGCCUGAAUCCCAUUAUACCGGAACGUGAUUUUCUAACCAUGUCCACCUGGGUUAUACCUUAUAUCCACACUAUUUUCCCAUGAUGGCUUUGGGACGAUAUGUACAGAUGUACAGCUAUCAGGGCGCAAGGUCUGGAGCUUUCUGGUUAGAGUACCUGGACAGUCGAUCCUUCAUUCUUGUUCCUUUUCUCUCUUUCUUGUUUUCACUUUUAAACGUAAGAGAUGAACGUCCAGUCUUCGAUAUUCCAAGCAGUGAGACUCAAGUGGCUUGUAGACAACGUUCACUUCCCCGUUCAAUGUUAAUAUUGAUUCUACUCCACGGGGUUGCAAUGGAAGCCAUCUUGGUAGUAGAGAGCACAAUGAAGCCCCGCUUGCAAUGGUAAUAGUUGAGACAUCAGUCUAGUUAUAGGACCCCGCCAUCGACUCGCACUUAUCGCGUGAUAGCGAGAUGGUAUUUGGAUUCGAUGAUCCAUAAACGGGGAGCCUCGGGCAGUCGGUCGGAAAAUGACACGAUUGGCCCAGCAAAAUGCGGAGUCACCGCCUCACGCAAUCGAAGGCUAGUGUGACGAACAAGUGGUUUGGCCGACCAGGGCUUCAAAGCAUUGGUGUGUGUCUUGGGAUGGCGACAGGUCGUGCUAUCGGUGCUGUCCGUUGAGUGUUGGGUUUUGGACCAAGUUCAUAAGAGGAUCAUUCAUUCGCAC